AUGUCGGAGCUGUCGGCUACAGAAAAGGACCCAAAGGCAACGCCGGAGCCAUUGGAGGAGGCUAAAGAAGAGGACGAAUCAGAUGAGGCAAAGAAGGUGAAGGAGCAACAAAAAGCUGAAGAGGUUGAGGCGAAGAAAGACAUACCUGAGCCAAUACCACCAAGAACAAGUUCUGGGCGGGGCAGCGCUGCAGGAGGAAGUGGCUCAGGUGGUGAUGGCGGUGGCAAGAAGCGAAAGGGUCCUGAACGGGCGCUCGUCAAGCCCACGAUACCCGACGUAUACCCCCAAGUAAUGGCGGUGCCGCUUCUCAAGCGCCCGCUGUUCCCGGGUUUCUACAAAGCCAUCACAAUCCGGGACAGGGAAGUUGGACAAGCAAUUGCAGACAUGGUGAAGCGAGGACAACCAUACAUUGGUGCCUUCUUGUUCAAGGACGACACAGCCGACAAGGAUGUCAUUCACGACCCCAGUGAGGUCUACGAUGUCGGCACUUUCUGCCAGGUCACAAGCGCUUUCCCUGUCGGCGGCGACGACAACUUCGCCAUGACAUGCGUUCUCUACCCACACCGCCGCAUACGGAUGACGGGCCUCAAGUCACCACAACAAGAGGGGCCAUCCGUGGCCGAGGUAACAUUGGACGAGAGUGCCGAUACUCCAGAGUCCGAAGUAGCUGCUCCUUCGAACAAGGGCGACGUAGUUGCAAGUUUUGAGGAGGCUGGUGAGGAGACGAAGCCGGCCCAAGGAGCUAUGGUAGCUACCAUCCUCAAAGGCCGCAAUGUCAGUAUCGCCGAUGUUGAAAACAUGGUCGAGGAGCCAUUCGACGUCAAGCAGAACAAGACAAUCCAGGUGCUGGUCAACGAGAUUGUCAACACGUUCAAGGGCGUCGCACUUCUUAACCCUCUGUUCCGCGACCAUGUCUCCACCUUUUCCGUACACACCACAAUGAACGUUGGCGAAGACCCUGUCAAGCUCGCCGACUUUGCUGCUGCCGUAGCACAAGCAGAGUCACAUGAGCUCCAGGAUGCUCUGGAGGAGAUGGACAUUGAAAAGCGCCUUAGUAAGGCCUUGGAAUUGCUCAAGAAGGAGCUCAUUAGCGCGGAGUUGCAGAAGAAGGUCGCUGACGAUGUUAAUGCCAGAGUCACGAAGAAGCACCGCGAAUAUAUGUUGAUGGAGCAGAUGAAGGGUAUCAAGCGCGAGCUGGGCAUCGAGUCGGAUGGCAAGGACAAACUGAUUGAAAAGUUCAAUGAAAAGGCCAACAAGCUCGCCAUGCCUGAAGCAGUACGAAAGGUCUUUGAAGAGGAGAUGAGCAAGCUGCAAGGACUUGAGCCCAAUGGCUCAGAGUUCAACGUCACACGAAACUACCUCGAUUGGCUCACACAGCUUCCCUGGGGCCUGCGCAGUGCCGAGAACUUUGGUAUCAAGCACGCACGCGAGGUUUUGGACGAGGACCACCACGGACUGAAAGAUGUCAAGGACCGUAUUCUAGAAUUCAUCGCUGUCGGUAAACUGCGUGGUACUGUCGAAGGAAAGAUCCUGUGUCUAGUAGGCCCACCCGGUGUGGGUAAGACAUCAAUCGGUAAAUCGAUUGCCCGCGCUCUGAACCGUCAAUACUACCGCUUCAGUGUUGGUGGUAUGUAUGAUGUAGCAGAAAUCAAGGGCCACCGGAGAACAUACGUAGGAGCGCUACCCGGACGUAUCAUCCAAGCCCUGAAGAAGUGCCAGACGGAGAACCCAUUGGUUUUGAUCGAUGAGGUUGAUAAGAUUGGACGCAACAGCAACCACGGCGACCCUGCGUCAGCACUUCUCGAGCUGCUUGAUCCGGAACAGAACAACAGCUUUUUGGACCACUACCUGGACGUGCCUGUUGACUUGUCAAAGGUCUUGUUCGUCUGCACAGCAAACAUGGAUGAGACCAUCCCACAACCGCUGCUCGACCGCAUGGAAGUGAUUCGCUUGUCCGGCUAUGUCUCAGACGAGAAGAUCGCCAUCGCCGAAAAGUACCUGUCACCAGCAGCCAAGGACAUGAGUGGUCUGAAGGAGGCAGAUGUUGUGCUACAGAACGAUGCAAUCGUUGAGCUCAUCAACAAGUACUGCCGAGAGUCGGGUGUCCGAAAUCUCAAGAAGCACAUUGAAAAGGUAUACCGCAAGGCUGCGCUGAAGAUUGUCACCGACGUAGGCGAGGACGCUCUUCCAGAGGCUGCGGCGCUCACUGAGGAGGGCAAGGCUGCGCAGAAGGAGUCUGAAAAGGACAAGAGUGACACAAAGGAAACUCCACAGAACAUUGAACAGCAGACGACGGAAAAGCCUCGUGUUGCUUUGAAGAUACCAGAUUCGGUACACGUCUCCAUCACCAAAGACAACUUGAAGGACUAUGUUGGACCAGCCAUCUUCACAUCGGACCGACUGUACGACUUCACACCUCCUGGUGUAGCCAUGGGUUUGGCAUGGACAUCAAUGGGCGGAUCAGCACUCUACAUUGAGUCGAUUUUACAAAACGUAUUGUCUGCCUCGUCGUCACCUGGACUUGAGCGCAGUGGUUCUCUCCGAGAUGUCAUGAAGGAGUCUACAGGCGUCGCAUACUCAUUCGCCAAGAGCAUUCUAGCGCGUGAAUACCCCAAGAACAGAUUCUUCGAACACGCGAGAAUACACCUGCAUUGUCCUGAGGGCGGCACGCCAAAGGAUGGGCCAAGUGCCGGUAUCACAAUGGCGACGAGUCUACUCAGCUUGGCGCUCGACACGAAGAUCAGAGAUGAUGUUGCCAUGACGGGUGAACUCACUCUCACGGGCAAGGUCCUUCGGAUUGGUGGCUUGCGUGAGAAGACAGUUGCGGCACGCCGAGCUGGCGCUAAGACUGUCAUCUUCCUCCACGACAACAUGAGCGAUUGGCUCGAACUACCAGAGACCAUCAAAGAAGGCAUCGAAGCCCAGCCAGUAUCCUGGUACAAAGAUGUCUUUGACAUUGUCUUCCCCAACCUCGACAGAGGACACGGCAAAACAGAGAUGUGA